GCAGUGACGCCUGUUUAGGCGAGGAAGGCUUUGCUGCUGAAGCAAGCAAAGAGGCACCCAAGAUGGCCUCUGCUGCAGGAGCAGCCGUGGCAGCAGCAGCAGCAGAGGGCCAAAGGCUGGGGCAGGAGGCCGCGGUCGGCCGGCUCUUGAUGCUGGUAAAGGAGGAGGUAGACGCGACGGCCAUGGCCGUAGUCCGCAGCUGAGAGAAGCUGCUGCCGCCGUCGUGAGGUUAUAUUUCACACUAUGUGCUGACUGUCUGUACUUACAGAAACUAUUUAAAAACAGGUUUUUUUUUUCAAAAUAAAUUUGAUUCCAGUGGAAUCUGCUUUAGAUUUUGUCUUGUGAAGUAACUCCUGAAGCAAUGCCUGUACAAGCUCCACAAUGGACGGAUUUUCUCUCCUGCCCUAUUUGCACACAAACAUUCGACGAAACGAUCCGGAAGCCCAUCAGUCUGGGUUGUGGCCACACAGUCUGCAAGAUGUGCCUGAACAAGCUCCAUCGGAAAGCGUGUCCUUUCGACCAGACCACUAUCAAUACAGACAUAGAACACCUUCCUGUGAAUUCAGCUUUACUGCAGCUUGUGGGUGCUCAGAUGCCAGAACAGCAGCCGAUAACUCUACGCAGUGGUGCUGAAGAUACUAAACAUUAUGAGGAAGCUAGGAAGUGUGUGGAAGAACUAGCCUUGUACCUUAAACCGCUCAGCAGUGCAAGAGGUGUGGGAUUGAACAGCACAACUCAGAGUGUGCUUAGUCGCCCCAUGCAAAGGAAGCUUGUGACAUUAGUCCAUUGCCAACUGGUGGAAGAAGAAGGGCGGAUCCGAGCUAUGCGUGCAGCACGAUCCCUGGGUGAAAGAACUGUUACUGAGCUUAUUCUUCAGCACCAGAAUCCCCAGCAACUAUCUUCAAAUCUUUGGGCUGCAGUGAGGGCUAGAGGCUGUCAGUUCCUUGGACCAGCAAUGCAGGAAGAAGCCCUGAAGCUAGUUCUUUUAGCUUUAGAAGAUGGAUCUGCUUUAUCUCGAAAAGUCUUGGUUCUUUUUGUGGUACAGAGGUUGGAGCCACGAUUUCCUCAGGCUUCUAAAACCAGCAUUGGGCAUGUUGUCCAGCUUCUUUACAGAGCCUCCUGUUUCAAGGUGACUAAACGUGAUGAGGAUUCCUCCCUAAUGCAGCUGAAGGAGGAAUUCCGAACAUAUGAAGCUCUGAGGCGAGAACAUGAUUCCCAAAUUGUACAAAUUGCUAUGGAGGCUGGUUUGCGGAUAGCUCCAGAUCAGUGGUCCUCAUUGCUCUAUGGAGACCAGUCUCACAAAUCCCACAUGCAGUCCAUUAUUGACAAGUUGCAGACCCCGGCCUCUUUUGCACAGAGUGUUCAGGAAUUAACCAUUGCUCUCCAGAGGACUGGUGAUCCAGCCAAUCUGACCCGGCUUCGACCCCAUCUUGAACUCCUUGCAAAUAUUGAUCCCAGUCCAGAUGCCCCACCUCCCACAUGGGAACAGCUUGAGAAUGGAUUAGUUGCUGUACGGACUGUGGUACAUGGACUGGUUGAUUACAUCCAGAAUCACAGCAAAAAAGGAGCAGACCAGCAACAGCCUCCUCAACACAGCAAGUACAAGACAUAUAUGUGCCGAGACAUGAAGCAGAGAAGAGAAUGCCCCCGUGGGGCCAGCUGCACCUUUGCACACUCACAGGAAGAACUAGAAAAAUUUCGAAAAAUGAACAAACGUCUAGUUCCUCGAAGACCUUUGAGUGCCUCCUUAGGUCAACUAAAUGAAGUAGGCCUACCAGCAGCAGCUAUUAUCUCAGAUGAAGCAUCAGUGGACUUACCCAAUAGAAAACCCUCUACCUUGCCAAAUGGGAUUGUUUCACCAGGCAGUGCAGUGACACAACUUAUCUCUCGUGGGACCGACUCCAGUUAUGACUCAGUCAUGAAACCUGGGAAGAUGGACCACCAUAGUAACAGUGCCCCUGGAUCACCUCCUGAUUUGCUGGAACCUGUUUCUAAGAGCUCUCACCCAGUGCCCCCCCGAGGACCUACAGACUUGCCUCCAAUAUCAGUAGGUAAACAGCUCCAAAUGGUUCCACGAGGCUCCCAGUUGUACCCAGCUCAGCAAACUGAUGUGUUCUAUCCAGAUCCUCGAGGAGCAGCUCCCCCAUUUGAGCCUCCACCUUAUCAAGCAGGUGUAUAUUAUCCUCCAGCUCAGUCAUUACAGUGUAUGUCUCGAUUUGUCCGACCUCCAUCAUCUGUUCCUGAACCGGGUCCUCCUUUUGUAGAGCAACAUUAUGCACCCUAUCUCCAAGAUCGCAUCAUGAACUCACAGUACAGCACACAGCCACAGCAAUACCCUCCAAUGGGUCAACCUGUAUAUCCUCCCCAUUAUGACAGCAGACGUGUGUAUCCUCCUGCCCAGCCAUACCAACGGGAAGAGAUUAUCCGAGGAAGUCCUGUGCCAAUUGAAAUUUCUCCACCUGCUGUAUCACCAUAUGUACCCGAAACAAGAGAUAGAUAUCAACAAGUGGAGGGCUACUAUCCAGUUGGACCACAUCUGAAUCAGAUUAGACCUUCAUAUCAUAGAGAGCCUUAUAGUCGGCCUCCCCCUCAACCACACCCUAGUCUAGAUGAAUUGCAUCGAAGGCGAAAGGAGAUCAUGGCCCAGCUAGAAGAAAGAAAGGUCAUCUCCCCACCACCAUUUGCAUCAUCACCAACCCUGCCUCAUUCUUUACACACUGAUGAGUACUUGGAUGAAGACCUGAAGGUAGCAGGCAAAUACAAAGGAAAUGAUUACAGCCAGUAUUCUCCCUGGUCGUGUGACACUAUUGGCUCCUACAUUGGAACCAAAGAUGCAAAACCCAAAGAUAUUGUGGCAGUGGGUCUUGUGGAGAUGGUGAACGUGGACAGUAAGGGAAUGCGAGACCAACGUUUGGAUUUACAAAGGAGAGCAGCAGAGACUGGUGAUGAUGAUCUUAUUCCAUUUGGAGAUCGGCCUACGGUAUCAAGGUUUGGUGCCAUCUCACGUACCUCCAAAGCAAUGUACCAGAACCCUGGCCCCAUGCAAGCCAUGGCAGUUCAAGGGGCUUCUGCAAAACCAGUUAAUGUGUCAGAUUACAGCCCAUAUGGAACACACAGUGCAUGGGGAGGCUCAUCCUAUUCACCCCAUCAAAAUGUACCUUCUCAGGGACGGCUUGGUGACAGGGAGAGAUUAUCUAUGACAGACAUUGCUAACCAUGGGAAAUCAUCUGAGAGAGAACAGCAGCUUCGUCUUGAACUGCAGCAGUUAAACCAUCAGAUAAGCCAGCAGACACGAGGACUGGAGGCGGUUAGUAACAGGCUGCUGUUGCAGAGGGAAGCGACCCCUUUGGCAGGCCAACCACAGCCCCCACCGCCACCUCCUAAGUGGCCUGGAAUGAUCUCAAGUGAACAGCUGAGCUUGGAGCUGCACCAGGUGGAGAGGGAAAUCGGGAAGAGAACCCGGGAACUAAGCAUGGAGAGCCAGUCUUCAUUGGAUGUGAAAAACAAAGUAAAUGCUAGUAAACAGACUGAAAAUGGACAGCAAAGCAAGGUACCAGCUGAGGAUCUUGCUCUAACAUUCAGCAGCGAUCUUCCAAAUGGAUCUGCCCCAACCCAAGAAAUUAUAAGCCUUCUGUCAAACAAAACUACAGCUCUGAACUUGUCAGAGGACACCGAAACGGGAGCAGGUGACCAGGAUACCCAAAGAACCGGAGCAACACCCACCUCUGCUCCUUGAAGGAACAAGACUAUCCCUCCACUUCUGUCGGGGGUCACCUUUUCCCGUCCUUGGGAUGACGAAAGACACUGAGCAAAGGUCUUCAACAAUAGCAAGUCUGAGACAAUGUGCGCAACACCACUACUAGAAACAAACCCUGCACAUAGUUCACAUUAACACAUUUUUUAAUUAAAAAAAUGAAAAUUAGCAGUAUCUGCAAACAACUCAAAUUAAAUUUGUUUUUGUUCUGUGAAUGAACUUUAUUUUAAUAACUUUGGAUGCCUUGAAUGCCAGGGCUUUAAAAGAAACAGAUAUUAUAUAUAUAUAUAUAUACACACACACACACACACACACACAC